UGGGCAGCUCAGACGGCUUGAUACAUAUAUGGCAUAAAAAUAAGCUUGCCAAUUAAUGCAAGAAUGACAACGAUAUUAUUUUUUUAAAGUAAAACAAUCAAUUUUGAGGUUAACGCAAUAUUGUAAUUAACAAAAUUUAGUCGUUUGUUUAAGUAGUAUAAUAUUUUUUGUAAGGAUGGCUGAUGCUGCUGCACGUAGAGAAGCCCGGAGGAGAAGAAUUCUUGAAAAUUCUGAAUAUCGGUUGCAAAAAAUUAGUGGAGUAUCUAGUCUUGAAAAACCAUUAGAAAAGAAGGAAAUUGUGUUACCAAAGCAAAAUACACAUUCUGUACUAUCAAAUCAAAGUAUAAAUGGAAUUGUCCCAAGAGAAUCACUAGUUAAUUCCGAAUGGGACGAAGACCCUUUACAAUUGGAGAAUCAAAUUGACACAGAUCUGUUAUUAUCAGAAUCAGAAAAUUUGAACUCCUUGUCUAGCAAAUCAAAUUCCAUCCAUGACAAUGUUGUUAAUGAAAAUGGAAAUAUUCAAGGACAUAGACAUCGAAAUUUGCCAACAGCCACACAUGACUACACCGAAAAUUCAUUUUUUUCUACUGAGGAAAAUACUCAGAAAUUAAAUAAAACUGAAGAACCAAAACAAUCAAAAAUCCAUACAUUUUUUACUAAUCAAUUAGUAUACACUAUUUUAGCAAUAAUUAUAAACCUUAUGAUGAUUUUUCAACUUGAUAAUAUAUAUGGGAAAAGUAUAAUUACACCAUUCUUUAUGGUCUUUUUCACUCGUCUUUAUUUUAUUGGAGUCGUACCUCAGUCAUCAAAAGGAAAUAUGUUAUUUGCAGCCUUAGUUCUUUGUAACAUUCAACCAAGUAUUCUUCAUACAUUUCAAAAAGUUUUUAAUACAAUUAAUCUUUUCAUUCGAGAUUUGUCAUUGUACAUCUUCAGUUUUGUGAUUAUAUUUAACAUAAUAACAAGACACUUCAUCGAUUUGGAUGAUUCUCUUCCUGAGACAAUGGAUGCACCGGAUUCUCAAGUCUCAACUUAGAAGCAAUCUGAUGCCUUUUUCAAACUGUAGACUGUAAUCAUUAUAUUGUAAUACUACAAUUUUUUCUAUAAUCAAAUGUAAAUAUAAUAUAUUUUGCUCUUUCAUUGAAUCAUUA